GCGUCCACAAUGGGAAAUGAAGCCAGUUACCCGGAGGAGAUAUGCUCCCACUUCAACUCCGAUGAAAUUAAAAGACUGAGCAAGAAGUUUAAGAAGCUGGACUUGGACCGUUCAGGCUCUCUGAGCUUGGAGGAGUUCUUGUCCCUGCCCGAGCUGCACCAGAACCCGUUGGUGCAGCGAGUGAUCGACGUCUUCGACACCGAUGGCAAUGGAGAAGUGGACUUCAAGGAGUUCAUCCUGGGGGCCUCCCAGUUCAGCGUCAGGGGGGACGAGGAGGAGAAGUUGAGGUUUGCCUUCAGCAUCUAUGACAUUGAUAAAGACGGCUACAUUUCCAACGGGGAGCUCUUCCAGGUGCUGAAGCUGAUGGUGGGCGACAACCUGAAGGACUGGCAGUUACAGCAGCUAGUGGACAAAACCAUCAUCGUCCUGGAUCGGGAUGGAGACGGGAAAAUAUCUUUUGAGGAGUUCAGCGCUGUGGUCAGAGGCCUGGAUGUCCACAAGAAGUUGGUGGUGAUUGUGUGAGCUUUUAAGAGCACCACCCACCAAUUCUUAUUUCCCUUUCUGUCUCUUAAGAUCUGCUCAAGGCAGUCCAGGAGCUGGGUCUCUGAUUUAUUUGGAAGUGUUUCUCUUUGUGAAGCCACAUUUUCUAACAUGAACCUCAUGACCAACUCAGUGUAGUGAAUUCUUUUUAUCUCAGUGAUUCAGGGUAACACCCAUACUGGGGGAGACCAAGAUGAAGGAGCAUGGUGGGGAAAGAAAAUCAAAAGGUCUUUCUAAAC